AUGUCUUCCUCAUCUCCAUCCACCCUCACCAUUUCACCAGGCCGACUCCUCCUAACCCUCGUCUCACUCAGCACGAGCAUCUCAUGCUACAUCGCCGACUGGAACGAGACACACGUCAAAAACCCCAAAUGGCCACCUCACGCGCGGUUCCACAAUGGACAGACCAUGUCGAUGGGGUUGGUGUUGGGGUUGUUGACACUAUAUUUCACUUGGAGGAAGCCGCCUAAGCCGCAGGCGACGUCUUCGCCGUCAGGCCCAGGCAGUAACAUUGACGCCAACAAAGACGGUUUUUCUGUGGCGUUGGCAAAAGAUUCCAUCACCUCCGCCGCCCUAGUCGGAAGUCUAUACUGGAUAACAGGGAUUUCGGCAAUCAUGUACCCUGGCACCAAAUGGGUUGAUCCGGAGUUUGGGACGGGGGCACCGCAGAGGGGGGUGUUUUUGGGGCAUUUGGUUUUGGUCUGGGUGGGUUGGUGGUUGGAGAUGAGGAAAUUGAGCCGUCUGGAAAAAGAAGAAGUUGAAGGAGAAGGAAGAGGUGGUGGUGGUGGGAGAAUAGUGGCUGGUGCUGCCCCUGACAAAAAGGGUAGAUAG